AUGGCACAGACCAACACGGCACAGGCCGACCCCGUCUCCUGGCAGUCUCUCGCCCACAGCGGCAAGCUUUCGCGGGCGCUCGACAAAGAGGACCUGGCUACCCCCUGGAUCAAAAAGCUGCGGGUCCGAAACCUCGAGCCGUCGCCGGAGCCCUACACUCUUCGCAUUGCGAUGCCGUGCGCUUGCGGCGGCUGCAUCGCCGCGCACGAGAUGAAGCCGGAUCGCGGCGGUGCGACGAAGAAGGGACUGGUGAUGGUUUGGGACGAGACGAAGCAGACAUGCAAGCUCGAAGCCGACCAGCUCUCCGCUGUCGUUGCGGAUGCGGCCCUGGCGCCGGCUAGCUCGGCGGCCGCGUCGAGCGAGGAGCCUCCGCCGCCCGUCGGCAGCACGGCUGCAGAGGUUGACCGGCUGAUCCUGCAGGCGGUGGCAGAGCACGGGACGAAGUGGGCGCUGAUCGUCAAGCUCAUCCCCGGCCGGACCGACAACGCCAUCAAGAAUCGAUGGAACUCUGCGACGCGCAAGCUGCUGCGCAUGCAGAAGCGCGAGGGGAAAGUGCCACUUUCGGACGCGUCGGGCGACAUCACGCGCAUGGCCGCGUCGGAGCUCGCGCGCCACCUCCUCACCGCCGGCCUCAACCCUCGCGAGCCACGCGCCAAGCUCGUGGUGAACGUCGGCGAGCACAAGGGCGCCUCUUCCUCUGGGGCGGCGGCGCCGGCGAGCGGGCCAGCCCAAGCGGCAACAGUAGGCACGGUGGUGGCGCCGACGGCGCAGGCGGUGGCUGCCGGCGAGGCGUCUGUACCUUCCUCAGCAAUCCAGGUGGGGCCUGUGCUUGCGGCGCCGCCACAGCAGGCACCGCUCGCGACAGAGGCGGAGGGCUUGCGCUUGCACCUCUCCAGCCGCAGCAGCAACACCACCGGCUACAAGGGCGUGAUCAAGGACGGCUCGCGCUUCAAGGCGCGGGACUGGCGGGACGGAAAGGCUGUCCAUAUCGGCAACUUCGACACGGCGGUGGAGGCGGCGGUGGCGUACGCGCGGGCGGUCGCAGAGGAGGCGGCGGCGCCAGCCGGGCCGGCAGCGCCGGCGAGCGGGCCAGCCCAAGCGGCAACAGAUGACACCAUGGUGGCGCCGCAGGCGGUGGCUGCCGGCGAGGCGUCUGUGCCUUCCUCAGCAAUCCAGGUGGGGCCUGUGCCUGCGGCGCCGCCACAGCAGGCACCGCUCGCGGCUGAGGCGGAGGGCUUGCGCUUGCACGUCUCCAGCAGCGGCAACAACAGCACCGGCUACAAGGGCGUGGUUAAGAACGGCUCGCGCUUCAAGGCGCAGGACAAGCGGGCCGGGAAAAAUGUCUCCCUCGGCAUCUUCAACACGGCGGUCGAGGCGGCGGUGGCGUACGCGCGGGCGGUCGGGGAGGCUCCGGCGGUGGCGACAGAGGCGGAGGGCUUGCGCUUGCACCUCUCCGACUUGAGCAGCACCGGCUACAAGUACGUGUCCAAGGACGGCUCGCGCUUCAAGGCGCAGCACAUGCGGGACGGAAAGACUUUCCGCCUAGGAACCUUCGGCACGGCGGUGGAGGCGGCGGUGGCGUACGCGCGGGCGGUCGAGCAGGCUUCUGCCCAGGGGUCGGCUGCGGCCGGCAGCGAGGCGCUCGACUCGGACGAGGGCGAGGGCGAGGACGAGGAGGGCGAGGCCCGCUGCUUGUGGGUCGCCUGCGACCGGUGCGACAGGUGGCGGCGGCUGCCCGCCGAGACGCCCCGCCCACUGCCUGCCGAGUGGUUCUGCUGGAUGCACCCGGACCCGGCUCGCCGGCAGUGCGAGGCGCCGGAGGAUGAGUGGGAGGAGGAUUCGGGGGCGGCGGACGCGGUGGAGGAUGGCUUGGAGGAGGGUGCGGCGGCGGCGGCGGCGGAGCCGAUGGACGAGGAGGACGAGGCGGCCGGCGAGGCCUACUGGGUGGACGCGGAGGUGGAUGAGGAGGCUACGGAGGGGGAGGCUACGGAUGAGGAGGCUACGGAUGAGGAGGCCGAGGCGGCAGACGGCAACGUGGUGGCGGCGGAGGCGGCGGAGGCGGCGGGGGCGGCGGAGGCGGCGGGGGCGGCGGGGGCGGCGGGGGCGGCGGACGCUCCGCACAAGCGGGUCCGCACGGCGAAGCGUCCAUACGAGCCGCCGGAAGGGCCGCCGCCAAAGCACCGUUCGGCUGUUGCGCCCCCAAGCGUCCCUACACGCCGGCUCACCGACGCUGAGCUUGUCGGGCUGCCUGCCGGGCUCUGCGGCCAGUACCAACAGGGCCUCUGCCACAAGGGCGGCAAGUGCAAGUGGAGGCACGAGCUCUGGCCAGGGCUUCAGGAGCGGCUCCGCACGGCGAAGCGCCCGCUCGAGCCGCCGGAAAUGCCGCCGCCAAAGCGGCGCUCGGAUGCGGCGCGUGGCCCUCCGUCCUCGGCCUCCCUCUCCUCCUCCUCCUCCUCCUCCUCCGCCGCCGCCGCCGAGAGCGCGCCGCCCCACGCGCCCGCCGAGGCCGCGGUCCUGCUCUGCGGCAACACGCACGAGUGCGGCGGCGCCUUUGGCUGCAUUCUGCCGGCAGGCCACGUCGGGCCGCACGACUUCACGCUGCCGGCCAAGCGGGCUCGCUGCGAGAAGCGCCCGUUCGACCCGGAGGUCAUGGCGGCUGCCGCGCUCGGGUCGCAGGGCAGGCUGCAGUCGCCGGAGCUCGGGGCGGCGGAGGCGGCGCUUCUCGCAAAGCUGCUGGCGGUGGCGGCGCGCUUGAAGGACGAGGGCUCGCCCGAGGCGACGGUGCACGUCGAUGGCCAGUGGGCGGUGCACUGGAGGCCGCGGGCUACUCAGGCCACCUUUGCGGGCGACUACUACGCCUUCCGCCUCGCCGAGCCCGCCCGCCACUACCGCUCGCGUAUCGAGCUGAUCAAGGCGCUGGAGGCGGGGCUGACAUUGAGCGAGGCGGAGGCGGGGCGCAAGACGUGGUUCUGCACGCUUCACGCGCCGGCAGUGGUGGUGGUGGCGGAGGCGGAGGGCAUGCGCUUGCACCUCUCCAGCAGCAGCAGCACCGGGUACAGGGGCGUAUCGAAGAAUUCUGGCGGCUUCCGAGCGCAGCGCAAGGUGGACGGUAGGCCUAGACACAUCGGCACUUUCGGCACGGCGGUGGAGGCGGCGGUGGCGUACGCGCGGUCGGUCAGGGAGGAGAGGUCGGCGCCGCCGCCGCGCCCCGCGAAGCGCCCGCGCGAGUCUGCCGCUGCGCCUGCGCUAGAGCCCACCGCCCCUUCCUCCGCUCCCGCCGCCGCCGCCGCCGCCGCCUCCCCCUUUGCCCCUGCCGCGCCCUCCCUGCCUCCGAGCCGCUUGUUCGAGCUCCUGCCCGACGGCCGCACCGUCCACAAGGAGGCGCCUCCCGACAAUGGCGGCAUGGCGGCCGUCGCCGAGGCGCUCGGGCGCAUCGGGCUGCAGUCCUACGCCGCCGCGUUUGACUGCGAGGGCUUCGACGACAUCGAGUUUCUGCUCGGGCUGGACAGCGCGGAGCGGGCCGCUGUGGCCACGGCGACGGGCAUGGAUGCCAAGCCGGGGCACGCGGGGAAGUGGGUCAAGUUUGGCUUCGGGGAGCCCUGA